AUGUCGAGUGCCCUAUCUAUCUACUUUGGGCUUCCUGAGGCCCGGCUGUUUCGAUUCCCUCCCGGACCCCAUCCGCCUCUUAUCAGACCUGCACGGGAAGAAAUCUCAUGGAAACGCCCUAUCAAUAUAUCCUCCACCGUUUACAAUUUCAGUCUCGAUGCCAGAGUUCCUAUUAUUACGGCAUGCUUGUAUCUCGUCUUCGUUUGUGCCCUGAAUUAUCUGAAUAAGAAAAGACAGUAUCGUCCGUGGCCUAUAACUCGCACGACGUCGUUUACCCGCAUUGCUUUCGUGCAUAAUAUUUUGCUUAGUAUCUUUUCCGCUUGGAUAUUCUUGGGCGUAUACCAGACAGUCACAUCCUCUCUUCCGCCUCCCCCAAGAGCGCCUUACCACAUCGCAGACGUCUUGUGCAGAUUUGACCGCAGUCAAGGAAGCGGGCUGCUGCCUGAAUCGACUGCGGCGGGGAGUAAACCAUCACCGCUAGCUACUCUUCAUGAUGGUUUCGCAGGAAUCUACGAGGCCGAGUCUCUGUGGGAGAAAGGCAUGAACUACUACACAUGGAUGUUCUAUAUGUCCAAAUACUACGAGAUCAUAGACACCGUGCUUCUGCUGGUGAAGGGAAAAAGGGUCUCUUCCCUCCAGAUGUAUCACCAUGCGGGUGUGAUCAUCUGUUCAUGGGUGGGUGUUAUCUACAGGACUCCACAAGCGGUUGUGGGUGUCUCCUUGAACGCAGGAAUUCAUACGUUGAUGUACCUCUAUUAUUCAUUGACUGUACUCAGGAUAAAAGUGCCUGUUGUCAUAAAGCAGACCCUCACACGACUACAAAUCGCUCAAUUCAUUUUGGGCGGGCUGGCGUCAUGGUUGUACGCCUUUGUCUCGUAUGACAGCCCCAUAGACGUAUCUUUGGUUGAGACCAAAGACAUAUCAGACAACCAAACCUAUGUUAGGGGUGAAGGAGCGUCCAACGCGGCCCCUUGCAUUGAUAAUAGCGGCCAAGUCUUUGCGCUGUUAUUGGCCACGUUAUACCUCAUCCCUUUGACUCAACUUUUCCUCCGGUUCUUUGGCCGCACUUACAAGCUGGCAGCAAAGGAAAAGGGGCUAUAG